UCUACAAUUCUCACCAUUCAUCAUAGCAGCAAUAUUUGUAAGCCAUCAGUCUCCGUUAUCUUUCCUUUCUGCUACCAUAAUCAUCCUCAUUCUUUGUCUCACUGGCGUCUCCUCGACUAAGGCUUAAACUCGCGGCUUUAGUGCUGAUCUAAUCCAUCGCGAUUCCUCCAAAUCACCCUUUUGCAACCCUUCAGAAACACGCUCUCAACGCUUGUCUAAAGCCUUCCAACGUACCAUUGCCCGUGUGUCUCACUUUAAACGUCCAUCUUUUGUCUCAAAAAAUCUACCCUAGUCUAAUGUCAUGUCCGAUGGUGGAAGCCAAUACAUCAUGAAUAUUUCAAUAGUCUCCGUCUGGGUUUUGAGAGUAGUAGAGGGAGACUUCGAGGAGGAGAAAGGGGGAUUUUUGCUUGCUUGAGUGUGGUGUUGACGGUGGAGAAGAGGAAAGUUUUUUUUUCUUUUACUGGAAGGAGACUGUUUGAGAAAGGAGAUUGUCAAGUUGCAAGAGGGAUUUCAUCUUUGGUUCCCAUUGUUAGGUAUGAGAGAGUCCAUCUGAAAAAUUGGAGGAAUUGGAGGAACCGAUGGAGAUAGAGAUGGAAAUGAUUGCAAAAGAAGUGAAAAAAAGCAGGGGUUACAGUCGACGGGGAAGAUGAAUUGCAGUGGAAUCGGAGGAUACGGAGGAGCCGAUGGAGAUGAGAGGCGAUGGAGAAGGAAUCGGAGAUAGAGAUGGAGAUGAUUGCAAAAGAGGCAAAGGCAAAAGAGGCAAAGGCAAAAGAGGGAAAGGCAAAGGGGAGGGGCUGGGAAUAAGAGAACGACGCCGUUUUGGGUUGGGACUCCAAAUUUUUUUGGGAGUCCGAGCUGGAAAUCCAUCUCUGCCUUUUGGACAAAGUCAACUCCCCAACAAUCUCCCACCUCUCCUCCCACCUCAGAUCCCAAAUAUGUUCCCUUCUGUUGAUCAUGUAGAAGAAGGAGAUGAAAACCAACCUCACAACUCAGCUCACAACUCAGCUUCCACCGCCAACCAAGACAUAGUUACAACUCAACUUGCUACCAUGCAACAACAGUUUGCUCCACAGCAAGACCCUCAGCCAGCUCAACAUGCUCUUGCUCUUAGUGAAUUUCAGGGUCAAUCUCACAUAGCACCAGCUCAGCAACCCUUUCUUGAUGAUGUCAUUCGACAACCGAGGUCCGAUGUCGACCCCACAUCGAGAUUCGAAAGGCUGAACUCAGCACCUCCACAACAGUCUGCAGGCAAACCUCCAAUUACUUGGACUCCUUUUAACUUGCUGAGGUCACAAAUCUUCGUGCAGAUUAAGAAUAAGAUGGACUUAAGGUGUCCUGGCCCAAUGAGAACUGCUGAUACCAACCGAGAUCAUACUAGAUAUUGUGAUUUUCAUCAAGAUCACGAUCAUACAACAGACCAAGAUUUGUCAGGGAACAGGGGCCACAGCCUCAAGGAAUUCGUAAUCCACCAAUCAGGGAGUGCACCGGACAUCAUGUACUUCCACUGUUUUGAGAGUCUUGGGCUGGAUCCAUCUUUGUUGCAGCGGUACGAUGGUCCCAUCUAUGGAUUCAACAACCAACCAGUUCAAGUAGAAGGAGUUCUAACCCUCAAUGUUGCUUUUGGGAAUAGCCGAACGUAUGUCACCCCUUCAGUUUGGUUUCUAGUCGUCAAGAUGGCGUCCUUUUUCAAUGUUGUCAUUGGACGACCCACGCUGACCGAAAUCCGAGCUGUGGUUCCCCAAUCUCACCUCUGUAUGAAGUUCCCAACUCCUAUGGGGAUAGCAACACUACGGGGCAACCAGGAGGUGGCUAGACAUUGCUAUAUCACCUCGGUCAUAAGACCUCACAAAGACAAAGAACAGACGCCAGAAGCUAUUCCCCAACAGAUUCUUGACAAUCAGAAAGUCAUCAAGGUGCCAAUGGCUCCAGAAGAUGAAAAGAAAACCUCGUUCUAUGCUAGUGACGAAAUCUAUUGCUAUGUCAUGAUGCCGUUUGGCUUAAAGAACGUAGGUGCUACUUAUCAGAAAAUGGUGACCAUCGUCUUCUAUGCUCAAAUCGGCAAGAAUCUGGAGGUUUAUGUCGAUGACAUUAUGGUAAAGAGCCUGAAAGUAGAAGACCAUCUAGCUAAUCUUGAUGAAACUUUCAACAAUCUCAGAAAGAAUAGAAUGCGGUUAAACCCAGCCAAAUGCAUCUUCGGCUUGGAGUCUGGCAAAUUUAUAGGCUUCAUGGUUUCCCGAAGAGGGAUUGAGGUCAAUCCAGAAAAGAUCAGAGCAAUUGCUGAGAUGGAACCGCCGAAGUCAGUGAAAGAUAUACAGAGGUUGAUUGGAAGGGUGGCAGCUCUUCAUAGUAGCAAGGGUUCAGGAGCUAGUGCUCUCUUAAUUGGCCCAGAUGGAUACCAGAGUGAACAUGCUCUGAAAUUUAACUUCGAUACAACAAACAAUAUGGCUGAGUAUGAAGUCCUGUUACUUGGUCUGCAACUAGCAUUGGAGUUGAAAAUUAGGGCGAUCCAAGUGUACAAUGACUCCCAGCUGGUGGUUAAUCAAAUCAACUCAAUCUGCGAAGUUGUUGAUCCUGUGAUGGCAGAUUCACUCUCUAAAUUUGCCUCUGAUAGCUCUUUAAGCUCCAGAUCAGUGUUUGUGGAAGUCUUAGAUGAACCAAGCUUCAUGAAGCCACGAAUGAUGGAGAUCAGCACAGACCCGAACACGCCGAGCUGGACUGACCCAAUUAUCUCCUUUUUACAAGACGGAAUAGCACCUGAGGACAAGCAAGAGGCAAUGAGGUUGAGGAAGAAAGCAUCUUGGUAUACACUCGUUGACGGAGUCCUCUAUAAGAGAUCUUUCUCACUCCCUCUUCUACGGUGCUUGAAUCCCUAUAAAGCUGAGGAUAUUACUGGCCAAACAUAUACAAAGAUGCUACUCACUUUGUUCAAAGAUGCUACUCACUUUGUUCAAAGAUGCCCGAAGUGCCAAUUCUUCACACAUCUGACUCACCAACCAGCAGAAGAGCUCACGAACUUGGUAGCACCAUGGCCUUUUGCUCAGUGGGGACUGGAUCUUUUAGGCCUAUUCGUGAAAGGGGUUGGUGGUGUAACUCAUUUGAUUGUUGGUGUGGAUUAUUUUACAAAAUGGGCUGAAGCUAAGCCAUUAUCCAGUCUUACCUCCAAGAAGGUCGAAGACUUUGAUUUCAGCUCAAUCAUCUGCAGAUAUGGGAUCCCGAAUCAGAUUGUGCCUGAUAAUGGAACUCAGUUCAAUUGCUCUUCAUUCUGAGAUUUUUGUUCCAGCUACGGGAUCAAAUUGCAGUUCACCUCAGUUUACCAUCCAAAGUCCAAUGGUAUGGUAGAAUCUGUUAAUAAAGCCAUCUUAGAAGGAAUAAAGCCAAGGUUGGAAC